AACGCCGUCCACAACACAAUUCCCCAUCGACCCGUCUGCACGUUGAGGCUCACCCCCGAUCUGAUUGAAUCCGAAGAGCAGGAGCGGCGGCGGCGGCGGCGGCGACGACGACGACGAUGGGCAGCGACCAUGGCGGUGGGCACGGGGGCGGCGACUUCCGCCAGAAGGUGUGGAGCAUGACGGGCGGGCCCUACUGCCGCCCCGUCCACUGGCGCCGCAACACCGCCAUCGCCAUGUUCGGCAUCUUCCUCAUCUGCAUCCCCAUCGCCAUGAAGUCCGCGGAACUAGAGCAACGCCCUCAUCACCCAGUUCGGCCAAUCCCAUCGCAACUGUGGUGCAAAAACUUUGGCAAGAAAGAGUACUGAAGGACCUUCCAACUAGCAUGGAGUGAAGGGCACCUCGUUUUCGCCUUCUUGUUGUCAUAACUUGUGCUCAGCGAUCAAUGCUGGAAGAAGUGUUAUGAGCAUAUUCUGGAAUGCUUCAUGUAAUGCCGUUUGACUUUUCUUUUUAUCAUGUCAUAUGAGGAGUGCCUGUUGAACUCAAAUAAAUUGGUGAUUCAUAAGCCUCUGAUGAAUUUACUUGAGGGGUUUGAUGCUGUGAAUGUAGGCAUGACAGGUUGACAUUUGCAUACUUAAUGUUGAAGGUUCCUUCUUGCA